AUGGUUCAUGAUUUUGUAAUUGGAAAUUCUGCUAAAUUAUUAUUACAAAAUUUAGAUGCAGAUAAAUUACUUAAUCAAUUUGGAAAAUAUGGCCGUUAUCAGCUUUUUGUUUAUGCAAUGGUUUCAAUUAAUUUUUAUAUUUUUUCUUACCUCACAACAAUAAUUUCAUUAAUUGGCGAGUUUCCCGAAGAUAAAUGCUCUACUAAUUUAACUGUGAUUAAUACUAAUUUGACAAACACAACAGACAAAUACAUAUCAUUAGCAGACGAAUUUGGAAUUACUUGCGAGUCUUCUGGUAUUCUAGAUCAUGCUAACGGAGUUUUUAUGAUUGGCAAUUUUAUGGCUGCCCCUUUUUCAACUUACUUGGCAGACCGUUAUGGAAGAAGACUAACAUUUUUAAUACCUCUCUGGAUAAUUAUUUUCCUAACUAUUGCUUGUGCAUUUUCCCCAACAUUUAUUUGGUUUUUAAUUUUUCGUUUUCUAUCGGGUGCUUGUGGAGCGGCUGUUAUGGUAGUUGGUUUUGUAAUAACAGUUGAGGCAGUUGCGGGUUCUUUUCGGUCAAUCCAGGCAUUAUUAAAUGCUUUAAUUUGGGUUUUUGGGAUUUUUUCUGUUGGAAUUCUUCAUCAUUAUUAUAUUAAAAAUUGGCGUUAUUUAUAUUUAUUUAUUGCGUUUCCUGGAUUAAUUUCUAUUGUUUACUAUAAAGUUUUUCCAGGUUGUAAACUCAGAAUUUAA